AUGGAUCACCUGACUGCGCUCCUCCAGGAGAUGCGGCGUCAAGGCGAAGUCCAGCAAGACUUCAACGACGCAAUAAUCGUGCAACUAUACAAGCGAAAAGGGAAUCGACAAAUAUGCGACAAUCACCGCGGCAUCUCCUCGCUGAACAUCGUCGGGAAGAUCUUCGCUCGCAUCCUUCUCAACCGCCUCAAUAACCAUCUCGAACAGGGUCUACUGCCGGAAAACCAAUGCGGCUUCCGUCGUCAUCGUGGGACCACGGAUAUGAUCUUCGCCGCCCGCCAACUUCAGGAGAAGUGUCAGGAGAUGCGGACCCACCUGAACGCCCCGGGAUCCGCAUAG